UUUCAUCACCACCUCUCUUCAUCAUUUUCUCUCCCAAAUCACUUCUCCUCUUCUCUGCUCUCUCUCUCAUUCUUUCUCUUCAAUCCCGCGUAUUUUCACUGGUAUUUCACUUCCUCUCUCUAUCUGUAUUUCUAUAUCAAUAUGUGAAUAUUUCUCUCUGGAUCGUCUUAUUCUUGCUGCAGUGUUAUUUGAAAUCCAUUUCGCUGCCACAACUUACGAGUUUUCAAUUGGAAGCUACUUUUCUUGCUCUGUUUCUUCAAGAAGAAUUUCAAUCUUCAGCUUAGUUUUUCCCCCUCUCUAUUUGUCUGCUUUAUACACAAAACAAGGGAUUAGAUGCUAAUGAUGAUGAUGGAAGAGAAGCAAUUGGAUUUCAACCGCCCGCUUAUCUCAGUUAGACGGCCUACGCAAGCUUCAGAAUCAGAGAGCAAAGCAACAUCUUCUGAUUCAUUAACCAGCAAGAUUCCUCCUUCUCCACCGGUUUACAAGUCUGAUAUCAAGUCAGGUCCUGUGAGGAAUCCAGGAACAGUCCCUUUUCAAUGGGAACACAAACCGGGUAAACCAAAAGACGAAAGAAAACCGGAUUCACAAGGUCUUGUGGAGACACAUUUUGUGCCAAAGCUUCCUCCUGGGAGGAGAGUUAUGAAUGGUAGUAGAGAACGAGAAGAAUCAGGGAAGAAAUCUGAAACUGAUACUCGUAGUAAUGUGGAGGAUGCAAAGAGUUAUAGUUCUCGGUACGAUGAUGAUAGUGAUGAGACAUAUCUUGAUGCAACUGAUACGCUUUCAAGAACCGAGUCAUUCUUCUUUAACUGUAGUAAUGUUAGUGGUGUGGAUGGUCAGGGGAUACUAGUAGAGCCAUUUGGGACCUUAUCGAGUGAUCGGAAAACUCAGGAUCUAAUGAUGGGGAGAUUCUUGCCUGCAGCUAAAGCCUUGACUUCAGAAACACCUCCACUUCUUGCUAGGAAACCGCCUAAACCAGAGGAACCGGCCAUGAAGAAGCUAGUGUUGGUAAAAGAGAAACAGAACAAAGCCGAGCAGAAUCCAUAUCGAUUCCAACAAGAGGAAGUGGGAAAAAACACGAGCAGCAUGGGUUCUGGUGUUUGUGGAUUAGUACCUCAGAUAUGCUUGAGAAGCUCUUUUGGAGUAUUGAAUUUGGUUCCAUCUGUGAGAAUGCAGGCACAAAGAGCUGUUUCUGUUCGCCGUAUGCGUUCUAAGUAUCAAGAUUCUACUCCUUGUAAUGAAAUUCAGAACAAGCAAACCAAUGAAACUGUGAAUGAAGAUAAGAGGAAGCUGAAGCUAAAUGGAUCAGUUGCACAAGGGCCUUCAUUUCCAGUAUCUUCUACUCCAGAAAGAAAAGAGAGCGCAGCUUCACGCACUAAAAUCAGCAAAAACUUUGGUGAGCUUUUGGCUAGUGAUGAUACUACAUGGAAGCCUUCAUUGGAGGCUCCUGUGGCCGAGAAAACUCUGUAUGUAGACACUGUGCAUUCAGUAGACAAGAAGGUGCAAGAAGAGUUCAAGGAGGAAUCUUUACUAAAAGAUUAUCCUUCAGUAGAUGUUGUUCCUGUUAAAGAAGAUGCUCAGAGCUUGAUUGGAGCUGGGGAAGAAGAGAAAAUAUAUGUUAAAAGAGAUGAGGAUACUACUGAAUUCUCAAGUCUAAAAGUUGAAGAAUGUCCUGAUCACGCUAUUGUUGUUGCACUGCCAAAAUCCAUUGUGGUAGAAGAGAUUACAAAGGAGAAGAUUGAUCUUGAAGCCCAAUUGCAGAGAAACACUACAAAUCUUGAAAGUUCCAGGCUUCAUCAUCGUUCAACUUAUCACAUUGUUCCUCCACCACCAUUACCAAAAGCUCCUUCAGAUUCUUGGUUAAAGCGUACCUUACCAACAAUCCCAUCAAAGAAAAACUCAUUCACAUGGUUACAGUCUCUUGGCACAGAAAAUAAUAAUCACGUUACCAAGAUUCAAGCAAAUCCCAAGUGGGAAACUAUGGUUAAAACCUCCAACACACAGCAAGGGUUUGUAUGCUUCUCGAAGGAGACACUCAACCCUAUACCAGAGUCAUAG